CGUCAGACAGGCGCACCCACUGCAUAUUGCAGCUCCUCUCUGUACAUACACAGCAACAGAGCUGAGUUUGAAUCUGGAUGGACUCACGGAAAGACUACAUAUGCCGCAGAAAUAGUUUUCCAGCCGAGUGGGGAAGUCACGGACCAGCAAAACGGAGCUAAACGGCUACAAGUUAGCAGUCACUUUUCAUCCAGCCGGAGUUGUCGGUGUUUUUUGAGCCAAAUACUUAUGAAAGGGAGCGCUGCACUUUUAGGCUGUCCACAUUGUAGAUCCAAAUGGUUGUUGACACUAUGUUCCAGGGUUACUCACGACACACCCUGUCCUAACUUCAACACAGAAACUGAAUGAUUGGAAAGAGGGACAGGACAGACAACUGGAUCCUUCUGGAGAACAUCUUGGCAUAAUCACAGAGAGUGUGUGAGAUAGCUUCACCGGAGAGAUUACAUCAACAAUGGGCGACUCUGGAGAGGACUACACAAACUACACCUACGACUACUACCUGGAGUAUGGCGACUUGGAGGAACUUAAAGUAGAACACAGACAGAUGGAAACUAUGCACAUAAUCUCAGUGGUGAUCUACAUUAUUUCCUUUGUGCUUGGUCUGAUUGGAAAUGGAACUGUUAUUUGGGUGACAGCAUUUAAAAGCAAAAAGACAGUCACCAGUAUUUGGUUGCUCAAUCUAGCCAUGGCAGACUUUGUAUUUGUGCUUUUUCUCCCCUUUUACAUUGAUUACAUACUGCAGGACUUCCACUGGGACUUUGGUCUGGUCAUGUGUAAGCUUAACUCAUUUGUGUCUGUGAUGAAUAUGUAUGCCAGUGUGCUGUUUCUCACAGUGCUCAGUAUAGACAGAUAUGUCUCUCUGGUCCAUCUCAACUGGUCUCAGAAGUAUCGCACUAUACAGAAAGCCUGGGUUGUAUGUGGUUGCAUAUGGCUGCUGGCUGCUGCCACAAGCUCUCCUGCGCUGGUUUUCCGUGACACCAUGCGCCUACAUAACAAGGUGGUGUGCUUCAACAACUUCCACACACAGGACGGACAUACAGCGGCCAUGAGACACAUCAUGUUAGUGGUCAUUCGAACCACAGUGGGCUUCCUUUUGCCUUUUACUACCAUAUGUGUGACGGGCAUACUUCUGGCAAUCAAGGUGAAUCGAUCUGGGGGCUCGGUUCGGCUGUCCAGCUUCUCCAAAACAGUCUCUGCAGUAAUUCUGGCCUUCUUUUUAUGCUGGGCACCUUUUCAUACUUUUAUCUUAAUGGAGUUAUCCAUACACUCCUCAUUUUACCUAUACGACAUACUAAAAGCUGGCUUUCCUCUCGCGACCAGUUUAGGCAUUUUAAAUAGCUGCAUUAACCCCCUCCUGUACAUGCUCCUGGGCAAAAAGGUGCGUCGUAUCCUGAAGCAUGCAUGCCUGGACAUAACUAAGAGUUCACUGAGAGAGCUAAGCCAGUCCAUCUCUGCCACUGAGGUGGAGUCUCUGCCAGAAGUUCACCAGGACAGUGUCCCGGAGGAGCCUGUGGAGUCAUCAGCUCUAUGAUUACAGCCAUCCUCAGAGACUGUAGUAGUUGUCCAUGAAAAACAUGAAAGUAAAACUGGCUAUUACUUAAAGAUGGAUUAUCAUAUCUGAUCUUUCCAGCUGUAGUGUAAAGACUUUCCUAUUUUGUUUCAUUUGGACAGAGUUAUGCGGAAUUACUCUCAAUGGAAAAGCUGAGUCGAACUGUGUAUAGAGUACACAUUCAGUUUUCAUUUGCAUAACUUAAAUGAUUUGCAGAGAAAAAUGCGAGAUACAAUCUACAGAAAAUUAAUCUGGAAGUAUUUUAAUAACCAAUUAAUUGUUUAAAUCAUUUAAAAAAUCAUUUACAAAUCCCAAGCAUUCUGUUUCCAGCUUCUCAAUUGUGAGAAUUUGCUGCUUGAAUGUAUUGCUCAGACAAGUUAUUUGACAUUUGUUUACUAUAUUCUGUCAUUGUAUAGACCAGGAAAAUCAUACAGAUUGAUCCAUAAUGAAAGUAAUCAUCAUUUGUAUUAUUAUUAUAUCAAAUGCAUCUUAUGUUUUUACUGAAUUUGUUAUUGUUGUAUUCUUGAAUCACGACAUCUUUGUUUUUUUUAUAGAGAUGAGAUAUGUUGCCUAAAUCUAUUCAUAGUCUUACAGUAUUAUGUUUUUAAUACAGUUUUAUACUGACUAGUUACAUACUAAUCUAUUGUAAGAUUUGUAAACUAGUUGAGAGUUAUAAAUGUUUUAUUCCAAUAUAUUUCAAGUAAAUAGCAUAUUUCUUAAUACAUUUCUUCUUCUGAACACA